AUGGAUAUGAUGUUUUAUGGUAGAAAAGUUAGUUGCAAAUUUGUGUUAACGCUCUUCCUCUACUUUCUGGAAACAAAUUAUUUAUGGAUCCUGGUGGAAGGACUUUACCUUUUCAUCCUCAUCUUUGUGGCCCUUUUUCCAGACAAGAAAUACCUAUGGGGAUUCACUUUGUUUGGCUGGGGGCUACCAGUGGUAUUUGUUACAAUAUGGGCCACUUUAACAGCAACGUUAGCAGAUACUGGGUGCUGGUUCCGUAGUGCAGGUGGUCUGAAGUGGAUAAUUCAUGUUCCAAUACUAAUUACAAUAGCGGUAAGUUACUGA